AUAAAUUAUUAUAUAUAACAAGUCACACACUUAAUAUUUAGUUAUUAUAUAUGAAUAAUUAAAUAUUUUUAAUUAUUUAAAUAUUUCAAAAUAUGCGAGUAAAAUAAGAUAAGUUAUAUACGUUUCUAUGUAGUAUAAUUAAUACUACAAAAAAUAUUUUUAUAUUAAUAAAUUAUUGAUGAAAUGUCAUGAGUACUUUCAAUGUAAAUUUGUUAAUACCCUUUCCUUCAUCAAGGGAAGCAGAAAUUGCUUAUCAAGUAUUGAGAGUUGAUACAGAGCCUUCAAGAAGUAGUAUUUCAAAAUCUUUGAAAUUGGACAAUAAUUUAUUACAAAUAGAAAUUUCUGGAACUGAGGCACGAAAAGUUAGAGUGGCAGUGACAUCAUUUUUUGAUAGUAUAAUUUUAGUAACAGAAACUAUGCAACUUUUUGGUCCACCUGUACCAAAUUAUGAUUAUUAUUAAGUAAAUAUUCAUUAU